AUGCACCCCGCAAAGAUCGCCGCGUUCCUCUCGCUCGCCAUCGUCUCAUCGGCGUCCGCCGAGCAGAUCGUCUUCCUCAACUUCGGCACCGUCGGCGACGCCGUCGAGAAGGACGACCAGGACAUCUGCAACGAGGACGGCGGCACGCUCCUCACCCUCAAGAAGGGCGCCCGCGUCGGCUUCCGGCCGACCGACCUCGGCUUCCCGAACAACGACAACCGGGCCGCGUGCAUCGCCUCCAUCGUCGCCAUGAUCGAAGAGGACUACGCCGACCUGAACAUCGACUUCGUCACCGAGCAGCCCAAAGAGGGCGUGUUCACGACCAUCAACGUUGUGACCGGCGGAUUCCCCGACUGGAAUAUGACCAUCGGCGGCACCGAGUACCACUACGACGUCUCGAUGAACCGCAUCCAGAUCGGCGACACCAACACCUUCAUCGAUCUCGAAACAAAGAAGCUCGUCAACCAGGCCGGCAUGCCCAUCAACGGACCCGACGGCAUGCCCAUCUGCCUCGACGAACUGGACUUCCCCUCCGGCGAGAACAUCCUCGGCAUCGCGCAGGAGAUCGACGAGGGCAACAUGAACGCCAACAAGGGCGCCUGGGUCUUCGUCGGCGCCCACGACGAGGGCACACCCGAGCGGAACAAGAUCCAGCUCGCCCACACCAUGUCCCACGAACUCGGGCACCUCCUCGGCCUCGAGCACGACGACGGCAUCAAGGGCUCGAUCAUGGGCGAGCUCAACCUUUCCAACUACGGCAUGGACAAGGACUUCACCGACGGCCUCUCCGACACCGGCAUGGGCGACCCCGCCGCGACCGACGCCCGGCGCAAGCUCGAGGGCACCCUCCCGGAGAAAGUGAAUUCCGAACCCAGAACCCGCACGUCCAAAGCCGGCGACCGCGAUUCCCACGGAACAGGCGAGGAGCAGCCCCCCACCGGCGACCCCGUCGAGGACGCGACCAACCAGGCCAAGAAGCUCCGCUCGACGAUGCAGCCGCACAUCCUCCCGCGUGGGCGCUGGCUCUACAUCGACCCGAUCGAUAUCACCCCGACGCCCUCGGACCCGCCCUUCACCGACACGUUCCUGCCGAACGGUUCGCCCGCGUUCUUCGACCUCCCGCUGCCCGAACCGGGGCUCCUCCCCGACCUCCUGGACGCGUGGAUCGAGAUGCAGAUCGCCGGUCUCGCGGACAUCGACCCGGUCAACGACACCAAGGUCUUCAUCGAGGGCAUCGAGCUCGAGGGCGCCUUCGACGGCGUGGACCAGCCCCUCCUCCUCCCGCCCUUCCCGGGGCCCGCGAUCGUCUCGCAGCGGCUCACGCUCUUCCUGCCCGACUACCUCGACCUCCCCCAACUCGACGCCAUCCUCGCCGACGGCGUCGUCCAGAUCGACAUCUUCGUCGGCGGCGUCACCCCGGGCAUCUCCAUCGACAACGUGAAGCUCACGGUCACCGACAACUUCACGCCCUCCGACCUCCCCUGCCCGGGCGACUGCGACGGCAACGGCAUCGUCGACUUCAACGACCUCGUCACCAUGCUCUUCAACUUCGGACCCGGGACCUCGCCCGAGUGCGACCCGGACGGCUCAGGAACCGUCGAUUUCAACGACCUCGUCACCACCCUGUUCCUCUUCGGCCCCUGCGAGUAA